AAGUAAUCAAUUAGUUUGUUAUUUGCGUUCCGGUUCGACCUGUACUUUCGGCAUACUGUAGAGUUAAAUACAAGUAUAGUUUUAUGAAACGUGUUUUAAUUAACUAGCAAAUUAUAAGGCUCAUUAUUAUUGAAUAGAUUAAAUAUGGCUGUUGCUAUGAACAAUAUAGAAACAUUAAGAUUGGCCAACCACGAAUUUUCUAAAUCGUUGUAUUCUUCUUUAAAUACAAACAAUGAAAAUUUAUUCUAUUCACCUCUAAGCAUACAUGUUGUUUUGCUUAUGGCUGGUAUUGGAGCGACUUCAAAAACCUCAGAUGAAAUAUUUGAUACGAUUCAUUUGCCAAGAAACAAAAGUUUGAUCGAGGCGUACGAUUAUUUGUUAAAUGACAUUGGACGAUUCAGAAACUCUGCUAAUUUGGUUACCGGAAUGUUCGUUGAGAAAACAUUUAAAAUAAAGUCUAGUUAUGCUGAAAAAAUAAAAAAACAUUUGAAAUCGACUGUGGAAAACUUAGAUUUUAAUAAAAAACCAAAUGAUCAACGAAGUUAUAUUAAUGGAUGGAUUGAAAAUAAAACUAAUGGAAAAAUUAAAAAUUUAUUCCCUGCCGAUUCAAUUAGUGAAUCAACUGUGAUGGUAUUAACAAGCGCACUACAUUUUAAGGAUCUUUGGGAAAAAGAGUUUUAUACAACGAAAGAUGAACCAUUUUAUUCGAUGGGACAACACGCGGUCAACGUAAAAAUGAUGUACCAACAUUCGCGUUACUAUUAUUAUCACGACAAACACUUAAAAUUCGCUGCUUUGGAUAUGCCUUACGUUAAUUUCCACUUCAAAAUGUUGAUUUUAUUGCCUGAUGCAAAAGAUGGUUUGAGUAAUUUAGAAAAUAAUUUGUCUAAGAUAAAUUUCAUUGAACUUUACAAAAAUAUGACAAAACAUAAUGUUGAUUUUAAAUUCCCAAAAUUCAAGAUCGAGCAAGAAAUUGAUCUCAAACAUGUAUUAAAUAAACUCGGAUGUUCCACAAUGUUUACACCAAGUGCCGACUUUUCAGGAAUUACUGAUGUACCAAUAUUUGCUAAUAAAGCUUUCCAUAAAGCUUUCAUCGAUGUAGACGAAAAAGGAACAGAAGCUGCAGCUGCAUCAGGUAUUGAGUUUAUGGUAGGCAGUGCUAUGCCAACUUCUUUACCAAAUGCUGAAUUUCAUGUUGAUCAUCCUUUUAUUUUUGCUAUUUUAACUAAUGAAAAUGAUUUAUUAUUUUUGGGAAAUCUCAAGAAACCAUCGAAUUAGCUUAAUUUUUAUAUUAAUUUUAUAUUUGACUUUAAUUAUAAUAUUAAAACUACGAUAUAAUUUACAACGUAUAUGUUAAUUCUAUUUUGACAAUUGAAAAUAAAUUUUAAAUAAAAAAAUUAUGUGGAAAAAUUAA